AUGGCCUCGUCAGUCCCAUUCACUGUUGAAGGUGCCCACCGGGGCUUGCCAAAUGAGCCUAUUCUGUAUCGCAUCCGUGUCCCAGCUCACGGGCCAGAGAACUCCCACCAAGGCCAGGUGAUCAGAUACCUGACCGCCCCUCACCCUCCUAAAGGCGCAAGCGGUAUGCCCGACUAUCGCGGCGAGCUCCUGACGUUCGACACGGUCCCCGCCGGAGACUGGAACCUCGGGCGUCUUGUUGCCACCGGCGGCAGCGUUGAGGGCAAGUUUAUCCUGGGCUCGACUGAGACGGCGCAGUUGGAGGAGACUUCGGGGAUGUUGGACGCUGGCCCUGCCUGGGUUGACAAAGAAUUCAACCUUGUGGAUCUGUUGGACGCUUAUCACAAGGGCGAUCAGGCCGAUGAUAGCCAGGAUGACAUUGCGCACAUGCCCACCGACAUACAGUGUAUGAAUCACGUCUCCGCUAUGGUCCUCCCCACUCCUGAAAGCCUCGCCACCACCGUGGUAGAGCCCGAGGUGAUUGGCGUCUGGGCAUGGCAGCCAGGCCACGCACAUGGCAUCGCGGAUGAGAGUCAUAUCUACUCUAUCAUUCAAGCCCGUGACCCAGGUAUUGCGCCCCGGUUCCUCGCUCAUAUCACUGAUAACGACACACGCGUGAUUGGCUUCCUACUCCAGCGUGUAAUGGGUGCUUGCGAGGCAGGAACAACAGACUUGGAGAAGUGUAGGAACAUUCUCAGCCGCCUACAUGCCCUGGGUAUCGCCUAUGGCGGGCUGCUAAAGAGACACUCAUUCCUGAUCUGUGAUGGCAAUGAUACAGUUCUCCUCCAGGGAUUUGGUGGUUCGUUUGUGACGACUGAUCAGGAGGUCUUUAGCUCCGUCACAGCAGACGACGCAUUUACCAGAGCUCGUGAAGACUUCAUGUCAGCUCCCUCCCUAAGUGAGCAGGCCAAGUUCGCAUCCUGCUCGUCAGUGAAGGACGUCCUGAACGGCUUGAAGAGUUUCCAAACCCUCAAAAAGAACGCCAGACGAACCAAGACAUGUAUGGAUAAAAUCCAUGCGCUUGGAGACAACCUUAUGCCCUAUUUUAAGAUCAUCGAGGUCUGCUGCACAGCGGCGCAACCAUGGGGAAACAUAGCAUUUAGGUCCCUACUACUUGUCCUUAAGCUUGCAGGCAACUUUACGACCUUCUUUGAGAAGUUAUGCGACUGGACAGACGCCCUCAACUCGCUCCUGCCGCGAUACCAGGGAAUCUAUGAUUGCCUGUGCCAUAGACCUACCAUUAUCAGUGACAGGCUUUGGAAUUCAUUCAUAGACUUGUAUUGCAACCUCUUUCAGUUUUUCACUGCUGUGGCGCGCACAUUUUCGAACCGAUACGGUAGUCUUUUUGAAAACGGGGUCACCAGUUGGCUGGAUCCGCCCCAUUACAAGGACAGCUUGGAGCAAGCACGUCAGGAAAAGAUGGAAGGAACCGCAGAAUGGCUCUUCGAAAAUCCUACAAUGGAAUCCUGGAUGAAUUCGGGCGUGCAAUUCACUGAGACAUGCCAAGACACAUCUCGGCAGCGCCCGGAGUCACUUCUCUUGAUUGAUGGGAACAUGGGCUCGGGGAAAACAGUGCUUGCGAGUUACCUGAUUGACACGCUGGGCCAUGGGGCCAGCGCUGGAGAUUUCCCACCUGAGGAGCUGGUGGAGCAGCAUCUUCUUUCUGACGACAUUGACACCGAUAACAUCGUUCUGCACCUGACGAGACGCGCAGAGGGCAUGUUCCUAUGGGCGCGCUAUUUGCAGUUGCUAGCGAUGACAUGUGCACAGCGACUUGGAAUAAUUAUGAGCUCUAACCCUCGAGGCUUACAUGGCCUCGAUGAGAUGUAUAGCAAGAUACAGGCUCACAUAGAGACCAUGGACGAGCAUAGCCGCAGCCUGGCUUGUCGGGCAUUUGCUUGGGUAGCUCGGGCGUCUCUUACUUCUGCCGAGCUCAGAGAAGCCCUAUUCCCAGAUGGAUGGGACAUAGAAGACAGCAGCACAGUCAAAUUUGAGCAGACCCUUGUCGUUGUCAGCUGCGGCCUGCUGGAGCAGUCUAUAAACGGCUGUUUCCGGUACAUUCAUCUUACGGCCCUGGAUUACGCAACACGGGAUAGCUUGCGCGGCGGUCUAUCGACAGGUAUCGUUCCAAAAGCAUACCAGGGAGAGUCUGUUCUGGCGGCUGCGUGUAUCUCUUACCUGUCGUCGAAAGUACCAGCCCGGCCAUUGUCCGGCCAAAUGAACAUCGACACCAAGAAAGACGACCUCGUCAGAAAAUGGCCCCUCCAUAAGUUUGCCGCUACAAUCCGAUUGUGCUUGAAUGCUAUGACAAGGGACACUAUUCCGAAGCAAUUGGCACGGAGAAAACACAUGGCCGAGCUAGGAGUAAGCUUUGUUGAGAAUCAACUGGCUCUGAUGGCGUGGAUCGAGGCAAUUUGCCUUAUCAACGACCUGGCCUCUCUGGACUCCAGUUGGGGUAACAUUCUACACCAGAGCCCGUCUGAAAUCUGGGGUGACAUCACUGCAUUUACCAAGAGCCGAUUCUUCCGCAAUACAUCGGCCGCUCAUAUACAGCGUUUGGCACCGGAACUAGAACGAAAUGAAGACGGUGUGUCAGUCUGCACAGAGAAUGCUAUGUUCUCAGUCUCUAUGUGCAAUUCCGAUGCAAGCCAGGUUGGUGUUCUCAGUGUGUUCCCCAACAGAUCCUUUCGUGUAGGCUGGGAGAACAGACGAGACAUACCAUGCCAUGCAGACCCUCUGGAAUGGAAGAGUGCUGGCCAGCUUCGCCUUCCGUCCGCUCCUAAAACAACAGCAGAUUUCACAGAAACUUCAAACGGGUGGCUUGCUACCUAUGAAAUCUUCCGUGUACUCGAGACACAUAGUGAAAGCACUGCACUGCUUACUGUCCAUCUGGACGUAAGAAAUAUUGAAGUCUGCCUCCGGCAAAGCCUUCGGUUCUCGCCGCUUGGGACCUGGAAGUGCUCAUUUCCUCUAGCUAUCUCCCCUAGCCUGGACAAAUUCUCCAUUUUCACCGACAUCUACCACCUCUCCGCGGACAAUAAGGCCUACACGACCACUUUCAUUGUACCUGAUUUCCACCCGAAAAUCCAGCUUGCCUGGGCGUCCAAGACGAACUUUGCGGUCUCCUACUCGUACCUCCUCUAUUGGAGCGAGGACUCUCGCUACGUGGCUUACAUAGACAGUGAUGGCCCCGGAACCUGGAAUGAAUCUAUUUGUAUCGCCAUAUUUUCAGUCCACGACAGCACGAGCAGCCCCAGACUGGUUAACAUCACAACCGCGUCUUCCAUGGGCAUAAAAAGUAGCGAUUGUGCUUUUCAUCCAUGCCGUUGCAUUUUUAUGUACCAAACAGCUUUCGCCACCUACUUGUGGCAUUUUGAUCGUCCUGAGUCACAACCAUAUCAGUUUCAUCGGGCUCCGUUGACAGGACUCAACAUCAGAUCCUGCAUAUCAUUUUCACAGUGCGGCCAGUACGUUGCCAUUGCUCACCAGGGCCAGCCACGGCCUCAGUACUUGGCACUCCCAGAGAGGAACAGCAACUUGAAUAUGAGUAUGAAGCGGUAUUUUGGUGAAGAGCACGAGAUGGCCGGGUCACAAGUGCAAAAGAGACAAAGACAAGAGGAUGAUGUCGACAGCGAGCGAAAAGAAACCCGAAUCGCAACUCUCGGGUUCUGUUUGCCGGCACCUGUGAUUUCAUCCAACGCAAUUGUUACCUGCGAUUCAGCAUCAGGCACAGCUGCAUCGGUGGUUCAGGCUAAUACCGGAAGCGUUGUACUUGCUUCUAUGACAGAGGAAAGCAUGCGGAUUGUGCCGCUCCUCAGACUUCCUAACGGGCUUCCUACCGUGUCCACCAUACCGACGGUGUCCUUCAACUCAGUACAUGACAACACCACUGUUGGCCAGUGUAAAGUGAUUCUCACAGCUGCACCAAACACAGUCUACAAAAGCGAUAAGAGAGCGGCUGUCUCUGAACUGCCUCUCGUGGCUUGGAAGGAUAUACGGGCCCUGCGAGUAGAGCGCAUACCGUAUAGUCUAGAGCGGACAAGUAUGACAGAAGACAACUGA